AUGUCCCAGCUGGUGGCUCAGCACUGGGCUCGCCCGAGGAGCCCAUCCCUGCAUUCAUGUCCUCCAGCCCGAGUUGUCAGGGGCCUCUGGUGCCCUCACUGACCAGGCACAUCCAAUCAGCUGCCCUCCUCGUUUCCUCCCCCAUGGGACAAGUGUGAUGCCGCUUUCCUGUCUGUCCCUGUUUGGAGCACAGAGUCUUCGAGAGCAGGCCAGGUCUGUCUGGAGCUGCUGUGUCCCCACCAUGGUGCCCGGGUCAGAGGUUCAGGGAACGCAUGCCUGAAGGUGAGGGCGGGACUGCUGUCCGUUUGACAGAUGAGAAAACCAAGGGCGGGAGAGCUAAUGCGACCUCUGUGGGGCCUGGCCCUGCGAGCGACCUGCUCUCAAGCCAGGUUGAGGGGCUGGGGCUGUUCUGGAAGCCCGGCCUGGAGAACACUGUUCCCACCUGCUGGGGGAAGGGCGGCCCAGUCUGGAUAUCCUCUGCCUGUGUGGGGCCCGGCCCCCUGCCUCAGAGGCCCUGUUGGGGAGUCUGACUGAGGGGCUCAAGACCCACGCACUGGCCCCACAGCCCAGGGGUUGGGGACCCAGCCCCAGAGCUGGGGCCGGGAGUCUGGUGGGCAGUUGGGUUGGCCUGCUGCCUGGCCUCCCCUCCUCCUGGGCCUGGGUGCUUUGUCCCAGGGGCAGGCUGAGUUGCCAGGGUGGUGGCAUGCCUGAAGUGGGUGUUCCCUGGCACCGCCACUUCCCCCGGUGCCCUGCAAACAGGAUCUGGGCAGUGCAAGGACAGACGGCUCCCUUCAGGCUGUCGGGGGUUGGGGGCCCUGGGAAGAGCCGGCGCCAGCCUGAGGGGCAUGAGGCCGGAGGGGCUGGUGGCUGGCCUUGGCGGGCACGGAAGCAGCUCGGUAGGAAGCCUUCUUGGGAGCAAGUGGGGCAUUGUCCCUGGCCUCCGUCUGGCCUCAUUGAGGCAGCCCUGGGGCUCAGGCCAUUCUUGGGCAAAACAGCCUGGCAGCCUCUGCCCACCCCUCCGGCCUGGCCCUGCUGCCAGCUUCCGCCCAGCUGGGCUGCGAAUGGCUUCUGCAGCCUUUGCCUAGGCCCUCAGCCACAUCUGGCUCAGCCAGUGCCCACUCUGCCCUUGCCACACUCCCCCAAGGGACUCCAUGUCCCCCUCAAGCCUCGUCCCUGUUCUCUGCCACAUCCCCUCCUGGCCGUGCCUUUGGCUGCCCAGCCCUCCCUCCUCUGAGCACUGGCCCUGGCUAGGUUAUGCUGGCCUGCCUUCUCCUGGAGGCUUCGGGGGCCCCACCAUGUCCUGAACUCAGCAGGGUGCUUUGGUUGGGAAGGUCUGGCUCCCUCUGUUGCUGUGCCCAGGCCUUCGAGGCCGCACCCCACAGUGCCCGGCUGCUUUCCUGGCUUCUGUGCCACGGCCCUUCCCUGCACCCACCUCACUCCUGGGAGGCUCUCGUGGUAUCAGGGUGAAGUCCCACCUGAGUGAGCCAGCAUGCCUGGGCGCUGACCCCUCCUCCUGGCAGGGCAGCUGUGCCAGCUGUGGUUGGCAGUGCGCUCCUUCUGGGACAGGAGUGGCAUGCUGCGGCCAGGGGGUCUGAGGCCUUCUGGCGUGUUUCAUGCCCUGCACUGACGGCUGGCUGACCCCGGGCCUUAGUGUCCUCUUCUUGAAUGGGGUUAUAACUCCUGCCUCACAGUGUCGUGAGGAUCAGCCUUGCUCACAAAAGUGAGGCACCUGGCCAGGGUGCUGAGCAGGUGCAGGUGAGGCAGGCAGGCUCUGGGUGGCCGGGGGCCAGUCAGAUUCUCUUUUGGGGAUUUCCACGGCUCCCCUGUGAAUGGGACGCAUGAGAGCACCUCCUCAUGGACUCGUGUGGCAUCCAGCGACGUGAGUGGUGCCGAGUCUCAGGACACUGGCUCAGCACCUGUGAGGGCUGGGCUUCUCGUUCUUUCCCCCUCAGUGAAGGGUGGGCUGAUCCUGUGGGGGUCCUUGACUGGGGACAGGAGACAGGGUUUCUGGUCUGGCUUGCUGGGACGUGCUGAGGUCAGGGCAGGGCUGGGGUGAUGACGCACUGGACCGGGCCAGCCCUGGGUGAGGACGGCUUCAGCAGGUGUGCAGCCUCCCCUAGGCAGGGAACAGGUGGGCGUCUACAUCUUAUGGAGCGUGGCGAUGCUCGGCCUGACAUGUGGUCAGCAUCGGGCUCUGAGGUCAGGUAUGGGCAGGAAGGUCAGGACGGGAGCACCUGGCUGGCCUGGUGGGGCCGUGGGCUGGCUGUGGGGUGGAGGAGCAGGAGCAGCAUGGGGGAAGCCAGAGCACAGCCUGGCAAAGGCAUGGAGGUGGGAGGCAGCCUGGGUGAAACAGGCAGAACCCCCAGAGAGCAAGGGCGUGGGGCAGGGGCGCACCAAGAGCUGAGGCUGGGGCAGGACAGGGCCCAGCUCCCAGACACCUUGGGUGCCGGUGUGGGCACAGGGGCCACUGCUGGCUGGGGCAGUACUGGGGAGGGCUGGACCAGCGCAGGAUGGGGGUUGAGUUGGACACUGGAGGGAAGUGGAAGCGUGGGGCACCUGGAGGGUUUGGGUUGGUACAGCUUAGUACCCUGUGGCCCCUUGUGAUCUCCCAGCGAUGGGGGGCUUGCACACACUGGGUUCCAGGUGUCCCGAGUGGCUGGCCAGGCGGGGCUGUUAGUAGGCAGAAGACACGUGUUCCCAGACCAGCCGCCUCUGCCUGCGGUGACUCGGUGGCCCCUCCCACAGGUUGGCCUUUGUCUCUGUGUUGGCUGAGCAGACACAGGUGUUUCAUGUUCCCGUGUGCAGCGAAAUGAAAUUGUGAAUUUGGUCAGGUGGUCUCUUUGGUGGCGACUGAGCAGCUCACGAAUCUUCACUCCCCUCCGCGUGCCUGGCCGGAGCAGAGGGAAUUUGGGCAGCCUUCCAGUCCCCCCCGGGGGCCCCAGCUCUGAUUCAGCUGAGCUCUUUCAGACUUGAAUCUCUUCCCUCCUCCCGUGAGUGCUCCUACCUCUCAUGAGCCCUCCUCAAGCUUCCUGUGCUCCCCCUUGUCCUGAAACCCAGCAGACCCCGCUGCCCUUUGCAGUGAUGGCCGCUGGCUGCUCCUCCUUGUCCUGAAACCCAGCAGACCCUGCUGCCCUUUGCAGUCUCAUGGAGCCUCUGCCGUGGCUUUUGUGACCUCUGGUUAACAUCCCCCCAACUUGUCCUCAUCUCCUAUGUUGUCUGUGGGGCCCUCUCCUCUCUCCACAGAGGCUUCGCUCCCUGGGAGUUCUCUUCCUUACAACUGUCCCUACACAGUGGACUCCCCUUCUGCAUCUAGCCCCACCUCCAGGGCUUUGGGUAUCUGCCUGCCUGCGGGAGCCCCUCUGCGCUCAUCCCUGCACACGGCUCCCCUCACUUUCUGGCAUGAGGAAGUCAAAGCACUGUCCUCGUGCCUUCUGGGCCAGAACCUGGGGCUUGUCCUUGACUCUCCCUGGGUUCAGUGCCAAUCCCUAGCUCCACCCUCCCUCCCUGCCCAGGUCCUGGUUUCUGCCACCACCUGCUCACUGCCUUGCCAGCCCCUCACGUGCCCCCAGCAGCUUGCUCUCGAUCCUGAAGCAGAGGGAGCUCCCCAAACACAAGUCUCAUGUCAGGCCUGACUGACCCCCCUCAGUGCCUCACCAUCAUUUUAGGUGAUGCCAAGUAGUACCCUGUGCUGAGGACCCCCUUGAGCCACUUUCUUGGGACUGCUGGACCCUCCCCACCUGGGGUUUGAGCACCCCUCCCUGAGUUCUCUGAAAGCCUCUGCAGCAACCCUUGCCCAAGACGGCUUGUGCUGGCUCCUCCAUGGAAGUUCAUGUCCUGAGGCCGGGACAGGCCUGCUCUGCUGGUGUGGUGGCACUGGGGCACGAAGGGUGUAUCUGUAGGAUUGGGCCAUGCCCUGCAUCAGCUGUGUCUCCCUGUGGCCUGUGCGGCCACCUGGGACAAAGCUAGGUGCUCUGGGGCCGCCUCCCAGGGAUUUAAGGAGAGCCCUGGAUGCUCACCUGGCUCUUGUGUGCUGAAGGCACCCCCCGAACAGCCCUCCCCUUGGUUCCAGACACGUCUUUCUAGAUGAUGUUUCACUGGAAUUCUACAAAUUAAGGCUUAAUACUUUAAAAUUAUACGUGCAUGUAGUUUAGAGAGUAAAUGAGUUAAAUGAGUUGUACAAAGUUAAUUAAGAAAAACAGUCAUCCCCAGUCACCCUCCAUCCCCUUUCCCAGACUCAUCUAUGCUGAUUCUUCUAGUAGAUUCUUUUGAUGUUGCUCUCUAAAUAAUAGACCUCUAUUGCUACUUGAUUUUUUAAAUGUUUAUGCAUUAUCAGCUUGCAAGAUGAGGAUUCAGGUCUGUCUGCACACACAAGUACCUGCUGUCUCACAGGUACACACAGGCACACACAUGCCCACCACAUAUGUACACACAUGCAUGCACACACACCCAGGGGCACGCACACACAUGUGCACGCACACACGUAUGCACACACUUCCUGCUUCCCCUCCUUCCGGUGUAGCUGCAGUGUUGUCACACUCUCAAGGAGACCAGGGCUUUCCUAAUUAGAACCAUAUGUGCUACUGGAAUCAGCCCAGUCAUAGGAAACCGGAAUGAUUUUCUUCUCUGCUCAACCUUUGGUUUUCCCUGGAGUUUGUAACUGCCUUUGUUUGCCUGGUGUUUUUUGUACUUCUUAGGAGCCUGAAGCCCUCCUCUAGCUCUCAGUCUCACGUUCCUUCACAUCAGCGGUUUGGCUUUUGUCUUCUUGAAGAAGUCUCUCUAGAACGUUCUCCUGGGGCCCUGUCAGUGGGCUGCCCUCCUUGCCUGGGCACAGCUUUUGCCCUGGGUCCCCUUCAGUUUCUUCUGGUUGCAGGCGGUCCAGGCCUUCUUCCCUCCUCACGGUUCCUGGUUCUGGCAGAGCUCACCCUCGAGUACCUCGCCGAGAAAACAUGUGUGGAGGGGUGGUCUGGGGACCCCCGGUGUUGGAAAUGGCCUCCUAUGGCCCUCACACUAGUUCUGCCCGCACUGAAGCUGUGGGGAUCUCCCCAGUCACCGUGGCCUCUGGUGCUGGAUGUGGGACUUGGUUGCCUGUGGACAGUCUCCUUGUCUGGGUGUCCCGAGGUCUCCCGGGGCGUGAGGGGCCCCUACCCAGCUUGAGUGAGCUCCGGCUGGGAUCCGUGUGAAUGCUGUUGCUGACGAUUCUCUUCCCCUGGCUCUCCUGUCCUUCUUUCUGAAGCUCCGCUUCCUCCGAUGGAGAAGUGCCUGUGCAGGGCCGGUGGUUUCCUCUGACUCCCCGUGUCUUCGUGCUCUGGUUUCUGGAGGCGCUCGCUCUGCCUGCCCCUUCUAUGGAGCUCUUUGCUGCUGCUCCCAGUGUUGACUUCUCGGUGCUCCUCUGUGUUCUCCGAAAGUCCCUUUCUUGGCGUCCCGUUCCUGUGCUGGGGCUGUGAACACAGCCUUUGUUAUCUGGGCUCGUUCCUUUGAGGGCAGUACAGAGAACACAGGCGUUGGAACCAGACUGCCCGGGUCUGAAGCCUUCUCCACCCGUUACCAGCUGGGGGACCUUGGGCAAGUUACCUCACCUCUCCGUGCCUCAGUUUCCUCAGCUGCAAGGUAAAGAUAAUUGUGGCCCCAGCCUAGAGGGUUCUGUGGAUGGAUCUGUGCGAGCAGUAAAGCGCCUGUGUGGUUGUCAUCAUGCGCCAAGAGGGACCUGUGGACCAAGAGGCACCUUGAAGGGGCUCUAUGGGGUUGCUGUUUGGGGGCUGGUGAGAAGCCUGGAGCAGCCUAGGGAAUGACUCAGUGUGGAGGCUGCUGGCCCUGCCAUCUGUAAGAAGAUGUCGGACGGAUCCAUCGCUGGCGGAGGUGGCCUGGGGAGCCGUGGCCCUUUCGGGGGACCUUCAAGACAAGGCUAUCAGCCCCUAGAGUGCAUUAGAUGUUGGACCGAGUAUGGAAUCCGCCAUUUCCCCUGCCCGUCGCCAGAGAGCAAGCUGCAGAACCCCUGUGUGGGGAAGGACGGGGAAGGUGAUUUGGGGCCGGCGGGCACACCUAUUGUCCCAAGGGCCAGGAAGCGAGGGCCUGGGGUUGCCCUUGAAGGCAACCGGAUGCCGGAGCCCACCUCAUCACCCACCACAUCACCCACUACUGGCCUGAGGAAGGACUUGGCUGCUGGGCCCCAUGGCCGGAUGGCGGGGCCCAGCGCUACCCGGGCCAAGAAGAGGAAGCCCAACUUCUGCCCGCAGGAGACCGAGGUGUUGGUGUCCAAGGUGAGCAAGCACCACCAGCUGCUGUUCGGCACGGGGCUGCUGAAAGCCGAGCCCACUCGCAGGUACCGCGUGUGGAGCCGCAUCCUGCAGGCUGUGAACGCGCUGGGCUACUGCCGCCGUGACGUCGUGGACCUGAAGCACAAGUGGCGGGACCUGCGAGCUGUCGUGCGGCGCAAGCUGGGUGACCUCCGGAAGGCGGCCCAUGGCCCCAGCCCCGGUUCCGGCAGGCCCCAGGCCCUGGCCCUCACGCCUGUGGAGCAGGUGGUGGCCAAGACCUUCUCUUGCCAGGCCCUGCCCUCUGAGGGCUUCGGUCUGGAGCCGCCCAGAGCCACCCAGGUCGAUCCGCGUGACCUCCAGGAGCUGUUCCAGGAGACGUCGGCCAACGUCUUCCGAAUCAACUCCAGUGUGACCUCCUUGGAGCGGAGCCUGCAGUCCUUAGGGACACCGAGUGACACGCAGGAGCUUCGGGACAGCCUGCACACGGCACAGCAGGAGACCAACAAGACCAUCUCAGCCAGCGCCACCACUGUGAAGCAGAUGGCCCAGCUGCUGCGCAGCUCCUGCCCGCAGGAGCGUCCUCAGCUGGACCGGCUGAAAACCCAGCUCUCGGAUGCCAUUCAGUGCUAUGGAGUGGUGCAGAAGAAAAUUGCAGAAAAGUCCAGAGCGCUGCUUCCCAUGGCGCAGAGGGGCAGUAAACAGCAGAGUCCCCAGGCCCCGUUUGCUGAGCUGGCUGAUGAUGAGAAGAUCUUUAAUGGGAGUGACAACAUGUGGCAGGGCCAGGAGCAAGCGCUGCUCCCGGACAUCACUGAGGAGGACCUGGAGGCCAUCCGACUGCGAGAGGAGGCCAUCCUGCAGAUGGAGAGCAACUUGCUGGAUGUGAAUCAGAUCAUCAAGGACUUGGCCUCCAUGGUGUCAGAGCAAGGAGAAGCUGUCGGGUCCAGCAGCAGCAAAGCUAUGUGCCGGCAGAGCUGCAGCCCCGAGCCGGCCACGGUGGCUCUGCUGCCAGGUGCUGGGCCGGGCUCCACGCCCCUGCGGCCAGGCCCCCACUCCCGCACCAAGACACGCAAGCCCAACUUCAGUCCCCAAGAGACGGAGGUGCUGGUGCAGAGGGUGAGGCGCCACUACCCGCUGCUGUUUGGGGCACUGCGGGGAACGCCUGCCCGAAAGCACCGUGUGUGGAGCCGCAUCCUGCAGGCAGUGAACGCGCUGGGCUACUGCCGUCGCGACCUGGGUGACCUCAAGCACAAGUGGCGGGACCUGCGAGGCGCUGUGCGCAAGAAGCUGGCAGAGGGGGGCCCCGCCCCUGGCCUCAUCCUCACACCUGUGGAGCACAUGGUAGCAGAGACGUUUUCUGCCCACGGUCCCCAGGGCGAGGGCCAAGCCACGGAGCCCCUGCCAACUGAUGAGGAGGACGAGACCCCCAGCUGCUUGUGGCUGCCCCUGAGGACCCUGGAAGGGCCCAGCCCGCCUGAACCUGACCCCCUGGACUUACGAGGAGUCUUCCAUGCACCCGCCUCCUCACCCUCCCCACCCGCUUCCCCAGCCUCCACCCCACCAGCAACCACACUCAUGGGGUCCUUCCAGCCUUCCUCGCCGUCUUCAACGCCAGCACCUCCCUUGCCCUCCAGGAGGACCCCAGUGGCAGCAUCUGAAACGUCCGCAUUUGAGCAGCGACUGCUGGACUCCCACCGGCGGCAGGGUGCCCUGCUCUCCUCCUGGGCCCAGCAGCAGAGCACACUCAUGGCCCAGCAGAACCUGCUGCUGCAGCAGCUGGCUGAGCAGUGCCAGCGUCUGGCCAAUGGUGUGGAGGCCCUCAACCGGACCCUCGAGAGGCUGGUGGAAGCACGCCCCACCAGAGAAGCCUCACCCUUCCUCCGGGACGCUGGUCCUGCCGGUGGAGUGGCCCAGGGGCCUGCCGGAGGCUCCCAGGACAGCCCCCAGGGUGCCCACUCAGGGCUUGAGGUCUUCUCAGGGAUGAUCUUGAAGGUGGAGGAGGAGAUAUAGGGCUGGUCAGGGGUGCUAGCAGAGCCAGAGAGCAGGAGCAGGGCCUCCAGUCUUUCCCCUGCCGAGUCCAGGCAGGGGAGAGGUGGCAGUGACUGGGUCUCCAGGGCGCCGAGACAGCUCGAGUCCAGGAGACCGGAAGGAUGAGAGGAUGUGGGCUGUGUACCUGUGGUGCUGCGUCCUUGCCAUUGCCUGUAGUGACCUGCAGGGAAAGUCUGCAGAGAGCCGACCUGUGAGGCUCAGUGGACCAGGUCUACUCAGGGAUGAUGCUGUUGGAGGCUCCAACCCCGUGUGGCAGUGGCUGUGAAGUCUGCAGCCCAGCGCCCCAGCAGGCAGCUGGAGGCAGGGGAGGUGGGGAAGAUGCACUUCGGGGCGCCCUGCUCACCGGAGCUCUGGAAAGGGUGGCUCGGCCAGGCCCUGAAAAGGUCCCGAGUGUGAUCUGGCGUGACUCCUGAAAGCCCCUGUCCCCUUCAUGGGCGUGUACACUCGGAGGGCAGGGCUUCUGUGUCCUACCUGAUUGUGGCCCAGGGGAACCACAUCCCAUGAGCCUGGAAUAAUUUCUCUCCAGUUUUCUAUGUUGUUAUAAAUACAUAAAGCUAUAUAUAUAUAUAUAUAUAUAUAUAUGCCCAUAUAUUACUUGGUACUGUAUGGGGCUGGGAUGACGUUUUGUACUUGUAGAUUUUUCUUGCAAAAAAGUAUUUUUUUACGUAAGCAUGAAAUAACUAAGCAGCGGCAGUGCGGCUGCCGAGUACCUGAGUUGGAGCCUGCUCCCCGGGCCUGGUGGGCCCCGCUGCUUUCAGCCUCGCUGCAGGGGUCCGGGCACGUCCCUGCAUCUUCAGAUCCUCUUCCUCCAUUACUUCCUUUGACUCUUGGGAGAUCCCUCGGCGGGACUACCCCAUCUCCAAUGCCUGCACAGCAGGGCACAGUCUGCAGCCCCCCAGCCUGGGCAGCUGUUGGGAGCGAGCAGGAGCGGGAGGCGGGACCAGCCUGGGCCUUGACUGGUCUGGGGCCUCCAGCCACAUCCUCUGCGGCCCCUGCCUGGCUCCCAGGGCCCAAAGCCUGUUCCAGGAGCAAGAUGCUGGCCGACUGGCCUGAGUGGGAAGCAUGCUGGUCCCAGCAGCUUCUGGGGAAGCUCUGGCACAGCCGAGAGUCAAGACUACAGCGUCCCUGAGAGCAGGGAGAGGGGCCUUUUCCUCGUUUUGCAUUUUUCCAUGGACCCAGCAGUGUGUCAGUAACUCUUGUCUAUGAAAGAACCUGAGGUGUAGCCACAUGUCCAGCUGCCUUCCGCGCACACCUGACCUCCCUCCAGGCUACCCCCUCUGUAGGUGCACAUGGUUCUGCUGUUGGUUUUAGGCGGGGCCUCCACUCUGAUGGUUCCACCUCGGGAAGGCUGGCUUUCCAUCCUGCAAAACCAGCUGACCUCAGCCCCAGCACCUCCAAGAAGCCUCUGUAGAUCUUCACUCUGGGUUCUUGUCCACGAAAAAUACCACCAUGGGCUGGGCACAGUGGCUCAUGCCUGUCAUCACAGCACUUCGGGAGGCUGAGGCAGGAAGAUCACUUGAGGCUGGGAGUCCGAGACCAGCCUGAGCAACAGCAAAACCUUGCUUCUACAAAAAAUAAAGUUCAAUAAAUAAAGAUACCCAGCACGGCUAA